CAUCCGAAUGAGCGGGACGACUCCGCCGGUGUGUGCAUGUGUGCGUGUUGUUCUCCGCUUUCCCACCGAAUAAACCGGAUUAAAGGUGUUGGAGAGGUAAAUCCCCCGCGGUGCCGGUGGCCUGGUGGACUCGGUUUCACCCCGAACGCGCUGAGAGACCCGCGUGUUUGUGCUGUGGGAGGGUUUUAGCUCCUUUAGCUCAUGCUAACUGACGCGUUGUUGUCUGUGGGUGAGCGGAUGGCGUCGGACGUGGUGGCCCAGCUGGCCGACUCUCUGGCCCGGACUCAGGUGGGAGAGGGAGAGCUGAGCUAUAAAGGACAGGGUCUGAAGCUGGACAACGCUGAGUCUGUGGAGGACAUGGUGAAGAAGAUUCGGGAGUUUCAGGGUCUUCGUGCUCUGCGUUUGGAGGGAAACACGAUUGGAGUCGAGGCAGCACAGGCCAUCGCGAGGGCACUGGAGGAUAAGCGCGACUUUCAGUGCUGUUACUGGAGCGAUAUGUUCACGGGCCGCCUGCGUUCAGAGAUCCCUCCUGCUCUGACGUCUCUGGGUUCGGCUCUAAUCUCCGCCGGCGCUCAGUUAAAGGUGCUCGACCUGAGCGAUAACGCGUUCGGACCCGACGGCGUGAAAGGCAUCGAGACGCUGCUGAAGAGCUCAGUGUGUCACACGCUGCAGGAGCUCCGCCUUAACAACUGCGGCAUGGGCAUCGGGGGAGGGAAGAUCCUGGCAGCGGCCCUGAUGCAGUGCCAUAAAGAGUCGAGUAAGCUCGGUGCCCCUCUGAGCCUGAAGGUCUUCAUCGCAGGACGGAACAGACUGGAGAACGACGGCGCCACGGCGCUGGCUCAGGCUUUUCAGUUGAUGGGCAGCCUGGAGGAAGUCCACAUGCCUCAGAACGGCAUCAACCACCCAGGAGUGACGGCUCUGGCCAGUGCCAUGCAGCACAACCCCCAGCUCCGAGUGCUCAACCUCAACGACAACACCUUCACCAAGAAAGGAGCCAUCGCCAUGGCGCAGGCUCUGAAGCACCUCCGCAGUGUGCAGGUGAUAAACUUCGGCGACUGUUUGGUUCGCUCUGAGGGAGCCUUCGCCAUAGCAGAGACGCUGGUACACGGCCUUCCCAUUCUCAAGGAAUUGAAUCUGUCGUUUGGGGAAAUCUCAGAGGAGGCUGCUGUGGCUGUUGUAAAAGCAGUGAAUCACAAAGACCAGCUCAAGAAACUUGAUCUCAAUGGUAACUGUAUCGGUGAGGAAGGGUGUGAGAACCUCCGGGAGCUCAUGCAGAGCAUGAACAUGGGAGACCUGCUGGCGUCUCUGAGUGAUGACGAAGGAGAGCCAGAAGAUGAUGAUGAUGAUGACGACGAUGAUGAUGAUGACGAGGAUGAUGAAGAAGAAGAGGAGGACGACGAGGAGAAGGGGGAGGAAGAGGAGGAGGAGGAUGAGGAUGAGGAGGAGGAAAAUGAGGAAGAGGAAGGAGAAGACGAGCCCAGUGCAACCAAACAGCUAUUCACUCCACCUUCAGUCCCUCGCCCUCCAGACGUCUCGUCCUUCCUCUGCUUUCCGUCUCCAGAGAAACUGCUGCGUCUCGGUGACCAGAGAGUCCAACUGAUCCAGAAACAGGUGGAUGUGACGGAUGUGAGUAAGACUGUGGAGGCCUUCCUGAAGAUCUCAUCUGUGUAUAAGGAGGAGGAUGGUGAGGUGAAGACAGCGGUGCUGGACAGUGUUGAUGCUGUUUUGAGUAAAGCCUUUUCCAUGCCAUCAGUCCAGACAUUUAGUUUCAUCUCUGCGUUACUGGUGAUGCUUGGUCUAUUAAAGAGUGAGGAUAAAUUGAAACCCGUGGUAGUUGUAACAGGCCACCUGCAGUGUUUGGAGCAUGCAGUGAAGCAGAAGUAUUUCCCUAGAGAGCACAUCGCUGUACUCCACGCGUUUUUGGUCAGACAAAACAAGUCCUUGGAUUCGUGUAUCAGUGCUCGAGACAGCCUUCGCACCACCCUGCAGAGACUACUACCCGAGAGCUAGAGAGAGACACACACACACACAGAGAGAGAGAGAGAGAGUGGAUGUUUCUCUGCUCCUGGCUGCACAUCUUUGUGCGUUUUAGAGGAUUUUGGGACUGAAAGGACGUCAUUUUGUAGCAGCGCCUCCUUCAGGAUGAGACAGGACUCAUGGACUGUGGAACGAACACACACACACACACACUCAUGUUGUGCUGUGUUUCCUUUAAAUAAUCCAUCUCUGUAUGAUAAGUAAACCCGUUCUCUAUAAAAGUACAACAAAAUAUAAAAUCUGUCUGUGCUUGUGUGAGGAAUCUUUUCACUGGUUCAACGCUAAGUUUCUGCCUAUAAAUCAUAUGAGCAGAAACCUGGAACCGUGUCUUAAAUCCCGUCUGUACUGCAUGAGACGCUUUUCGCAGAAUUCAGGAUUGGGGUUGGUCAGAAGGUGUUGCUUCAGCGGGCUCCAAAUCGCAGGUUUAUAUAUUAAUGCACUUGUAAAGUUAUCAUUUCUACAGUAACCACUCAUUCACAGUGACCUGUACAGCAGACGCUGCAUAUUAAUAUAAGGCUGAUGACUUUAAAAAAAGUGUUGAAUAAAGGAAAGAAAACCCUGUA